CUCUACAAAGCUUUUAUCAGAGAAAAAAAAAACAACUUGAAGAAGUCACCAAUUUGAUCAAUUCAUUUAUAAAAAAACACAGAAGAAAAGAGAAAUGGCUAUUAUGGAUCAAGCUGCUAAUAUGGCUACUCUGCCGUUGGAUUAUAGUGGAAAGAGGAAAUCAAGGAGUAGAAGGGACAGAACAAAGAAUGUGGAAGAGAGACUAGCUAAAUGGAAAGAGUAUAAUGAGAAACUAGAUAGUGUUGAUGAUGAAGGGAAGCCAGUGCGUAAAGUUCCUGCUAAAGGUUCAAAGAAGGGGUGUAUGAGAGGUAAAGGGGGACCCGAAAAUUCGCGGUGUAAAUACAGAGGUGUUAGACAGAGGAUAUGGGGUAAAUGGGUUGCUGAGAUUAGGGAACCUAAAAGAGGUAGUAGGCUAUGGUUGGGUACAUUUGGUACAGCAAUUGAAGCUGCUCUAGCAUAUGAUGAAGCAGCAAGAGCUAUGUAUGGUCCUUGUGCAAGGCUGAAUUUGCCAAAUUACCCUUCUAGGGAUGAUUCUGAUUCUGCUUCCUGGGCUACUACAUCUGCAUCUGAUUGUACGGUUGCUUCCGGUGGUUUCGGCGGCGAGGUAUGUCCGGGUGAGGGUGCAACAACUGCAGCUGGCACACCAUUGAGUUCAGUGAAAGACGAAGGAAAGGACGAGACCGCGGGGUUGCCUGGUGAGAUGGAAAUUGUUGAACCUACAAGUAUUGAUCAAGAUACGCUCAAGUCUGGAUGGGAUUGUCUAGAUAACUUAAAUUUGGAUGAGAUGUUUGAUGUAGAUGAGCUAUUGGCUAUGUUAGAUUCUACUCCAGUUUCCACCAAUGACUUCGGUUCAGAUGGAAAGCAAUAUGCCUACGACAACAAUUUGUUAUCAAAUUCGCCAUGUCAGCCGCUGGGAGAUCCACAGGAAAUGGGGCAGGAGGCACCUAUGACAUUUGACUAUGCCUUUGAUUUUCUGAAACCAGGCCGGCAAGAAGAUCUUAAUUUCAAUUCGGAUGACCUUACAUUCAUGGACUUGGAUUCUGAACUUGUGGUUUGAAAGUUUACGCAGCAAGAUACAUGGUACCGUCGUUGACUGAGAUAUAGGAUGUGAGGAAGAGAAAACUAGAGAUGUUGAGUUUGGACAAUGUUUUGGUAUCGUUUAUUUUUUUUUUAUAUUAUGUUGGGCAGCAUUGGUUGCCCUUUUUCCCAGGCCAGCUGAUUCUCGGUAAGUUUUUGCAUCCAAGAAUUAUGCAUUUGGUGUUCUGGAGGACUAAUCUUGUACAGAUCUAACCUGCCUAGUGAGUCAACAAUUAGUUCGUUUUGGUGUUGUGAUUGAUACCACAAAUAAAUAAAGAUGUUUCUGGGAGCUAUUUGUUUGUUGUAAAGUUUGGUUGACACUUGAGGUACUGGUUUUUGUGCUUUGAUUGGAACAAUGUAGAAUGCAUUGCCAGCAUUUAUACUUCAUUCAUAACUUGACCAAUAACUUCUGUAGUGUGUAUUUGUGAAGUAUUCACAAGGGAUUUGCCAAUGAAUAUUGUGUUGUUUUGUGAAGUGUUUCGAGUGGAUCAGAGAAGUAUUUGCAGUAAGGAGAAGAGCAAAUAUAUGGGGAUGAAAACAGUGGUGCGAUACAGCGUUUUAUGUUAGCCCUCAUCCAUAACUUGGUAGAUUUUACUGCUUGUGUAGUUCUGUUUUGCACUUCGGCUUUUGUAUCUCUAUAAUAAGUUUCAGUCAGGAUGUAAUAUACGUUUUGAGACGUUCUAGUCCAUGUUCUUUUUUACAUUGUAAUUCAAUAAAUUGUUUGGAUUGUAAUCUUAG